CCUAAAAGCGCAUUUAAGCGUCAACAGCAAUCAUGUUGUUGUUGUUUUAGUGAGUUGCCAGUCCUUGGCCAUAUAAAAAAAUUCGGGACCGUUCAAGUAGACCGACCGUAGACCGACUGUCAUCAAUCAUCGCAACUAACGGCCAAGCUUUUAGCUGCUAUUUAGCACCCUGUAUGCUCGUGUUUCGCACAGUGCCAGCGCAAGAAAUUCAUAAAAAAUAGAAAUUAAAUUAAAAUGCUCAGUAUUAAGUACCAGUGCCCGCCCAUAGCUGCGCGCUCCCACACAACGCCCACUUUUAAAGUAAAACAACGUUUAGUUUUAGUUGCAAAAUUUUCAUUUUCAAUUUCAAUGCUCAUCAUGCAACAAGCAACUCAUAUGCGCGUUGAUGAGCGGUUUUAAAGUCAAUCUACUUUCCAUAUAUGUAUGUGUGUUUGCAUGUAUUAAGGAGCGCAGCAAAUUUUUGCCAUCCAUUUCAAUUGUGGUUAUGCAGUAAUUAUUCAACGAUCCAUAUAAGAGGAGGCAUUGAUGGGUCCAAAAUUAUUGUCCGACACAUGCGAUUAGUGCAGACAAUUCGGUAAUGGAGUUAGUUGAGAAACUGUUUUCCAAAGGAGACUUAAGCGGCCCGAAAAAUUUAUGGAUGCUUCUCAGAUCAUGGAUUUGGGAUAUAGAGGUGCUUCACGUAACACCUAAACGUCGUUAAAAUAAUAAAAUUGUAUAAAAAGGGUUUUAUUGACGUUAGCUGGAAUACUACAUGACAAAAACUACCAUGAUCUAAUGCUGCAAGAACUCAAUAUUCCGUAACACGGAAACAGAUUCUGUAGUCGAUGGAAACAAGAGAGCCGUUUGGUUACUACUGAUUGGCCAUUACAGUCACUGUAAGUCAAUCCACUAGAGAAAAUUUAAUGCCAAUAAAACAUACCUGGUGAAAUAUGCGGAAAAUUUAGAUGUAGGUCGCCGUCAAAGUUGUCAGACUCUCAUAGAAAGAACGGGAGAUUGGAGCAAGUAUUGAAUAAACGUCGGCUAUAACAAAACAAUCUAUUUGCUAUAAUUACAACACUGUAAUUCUUGAAAGUUAAGCUCCUGAGAUAUAUCAAAACGUACAGUGGCAUAUUCAUCUAUUUGCAAAACGAAAUGCCAUUAUUUAAAAGUUCGUCAAUUUACAAGAAUUUCACUACUUAUUAUUACUAAAUUAACUACUGUGCUCCACUAACGUCCAAUACUUUUUAUGAGUCACAAAAAAGUCCUUGGCAUUCAAAGUGAAGCUUCAUUGACGUCAUUGUCAAGGCUUCGGCAAUUCAUUCAUAAACCAGGAACAUUAUUUUUUAAGAACAAAGCGAUAAAAAUAAGUACAACGACACAAAUCCAUGAGGGCAUAAGAAGGUAUACCGAAUCCUUUUGUGGUCGCUCACGCACUGUUUGAAGCGUGUUAACGUGGUGCAGUGGUGCACAUGUGCGAUAAGCGAAUUUAAUCAAUCAGCGCGGAAAUGAAGUUCAUUGAGAAGGAAGAAAUUAGAACACAUCUUCGACUAUGAGCACAGCACUGCGAGUUUUCCUGCAGCGUAUCCACAGGAAUUGGUAUAAAAGCGCUGCGAAUACUUCCAUGAGGUCAGUCAAGUCAAAGCCAUCAGCUCGACAAGGACAAUCGCAAUAAACACAAGAGCUCAAGCAUCAUACAAUUUUAUCCAAAGCACAAGAGUUCGCGAAUAUAUUGAACCACGUGAUAAAUAAAAUGGGUUUCAGGUUUUGGCAGUUGCAAGCAACUGUCCUUUACCUGAUAAUAGCGACCAGUUUCGCUCGCGAGGAAUUACGCACUUGUCAAGACGAUGAUUACCUUGAAUGUUUUAACAGCGAGUUGACCAAAUAUUCAAGCAACGGGGAAAUUUGGGUACGAGGAAACAUUGAAUAUUCAAAACAGUCGGGUUUAGAGCGUCAGCAGCCUAAAAAGUAUUAUGAUUAUAUUGCUCGUGCAGAAUCUCGAGACUAUUCAAAUCGGGAUAGUAACCGUGAAAUUACACUCCGCGCUGAUUACCAACAAGAGCGAAGAGAGACAAUUAGACAAUUGGAUAACCACGAAGAACCGCACGAAAUUACAAUGCACUUUGAUAACCGACAGGAGCAACAAGAGAUUACAAGAAGUGUUGAUGAUAGCGAAGAACGACGAGAAGCUUCAAUGCGCCGUGUCGAAAAGCCAGAACGACGAGAGAUUACAAGAAGUGUUGAUGACCGCGAAGAACGUAAUGAACAGCCAGAACGACUGGAUAUUACAAGACGUGUUGACCGACAGGAACAACGAGAGACUUCAAGACGUGUUGAUGAUCGCGAAGAACGAGCCACUGAAAUGCGUCUAGAUGACCGACAGGAACAACGACAGAUUUCAAAACGUGUUGAUGAUCACGAGGAACGCCGAGACAUUGAAAUGCGUCUAGAUGACCGACAGGAACAACGAGAGAUUUCAAGGCGUGCUGAUGAUCGCGAAGAACGAAUGGAAACUGCAAUGCGCCAUAAUGAACGGUCAGAACGACGAGAGAUUACAAGACGUAUUGAUAACCGCGACGAACGCCGAGCCAUUGAAAUGCAUCUUGGUCACCGACAGGAACAACGAGAGAUUUCAAGACGUGUUGAUGACCGCGAAGAACGAAUGGAAACUGCAAUGCGCCGUAAUGAACAGUCAGAACGACGAGAGAUUACAGGACGUUUUGAAGACCUUGAGGAUCGCCGAGCCAUAGAAAUGCGCCAAGAUGACCAACAGGAAACACGAGAGAUUUCAAGACGUGUUGAAGACCGUGAGGAUCGCCGAGCCAUUCAAAUGCGUCAAGAUGACCGUCAGGAAACAGGAGAGAUUUCAAAACGUGUUGUUGACCGCGAGGAUCGCCGAGCCAUUGAAAUGCGUCUAGAUGACAGAGAGGAGCAACGAGAGAUUUCAAGACGUGUUGAUGAUCGUGAAGAGCGACGAGAAGCUUCAAUGCGCCGUGAUGAACAGUCAGAACGACGAGAGAUUACAAGACAUGUUAAUGACCGCGAGGAACGCCGAGCCAUUGAAAUGCAUCUUGGUCACCGACAGGAAGAACGAGAGACUUCAAGACGUGUUGACGAUCGCGAAGAGCAACGAGAAACUUCAAUGCGCCGUAAUGAACAGCCAGAGCGAAGAGAUUCUACAAGACGUGUUGGUAACCACGAGGAACGCCGAGCCAUUUCAGUGCGUCUGUAUGACCGACAGGAACAACGAGAGAUUUCAAGACGUGUUGAUGAUCGUGAAGAACGCCGAGAAACUUUAAUGCGCCGUAAUGAACAGCCAGAACGACGAGAGAUUACAAGACGUAUUGAUAACCGCGAGGAGCGCCGAGCCAUUGAAAUGUGUCUUGAUGACCGACAAGAAGAAGGAGGGAUUUCAAGACGUGUUGAUGAGGGUGCAAUGCUCCGUAAUGAACAAUCAGAACGACGAGAGAUUUCAAGACGUGUUGAUGAUCGCGAAGAACGACGACAGAUUACAAGACGUGUUGAUGAUCGCGACGAACGCCAAGCCAUUGAAAUGCGUCUUGAUGACCGACAGGAACAACGAGAGAUUUCAAGACGUGUUGAUGACCGCGACAAACGCCGUAUAGAAAGUGAUGACGGUUCAUGGUCACAUAAAAGACGUUUGGACAAUGAACGCCCAGAAAUUUUAGUCCGUGAACUUUCGCGUGGAAAUUACAUCCGAGUAUUUGAACAAUUGCAAAGGCAAUCUACUGCUAAUGAAGUGAAAUCCAGCCCGAUGACCAGGACUAAUGUAAAUUUGAAACAUGGAUACAUUUUACUUGGACAAGGAACAAUUUUGGCUUUUGUCAUAAUGAAGGCACUCAAGGACUAUGAGUUUAAAAUAAAGAGAGUUUCAGCUCGACACAUUAGUGAUUCGGCAUACCUCAUGGGAUUUUAGAAAUACAUGCAUGCUACCAAAAUGACAAACAAUGAAACUGAUUAAUUGGCUUACGAAUUGUAAAUAAUAUAAAGUGUACCUAAAGCAAAUCUGCGAAAUCGCUGUGUUAACGAAAAUAAUGAAAACAGAAUGAAAAUAAUUAAUAAUAGAAAAAUAGUUAUAAA